ACUCGCUGGCGCCCGAGUGGGAGGACGGCAGCUGCCCGCUCCCUCCUCCCCACACCCCGGCUACCUGCCCAGUCCCCGAAGCGAAGCGUGAGGAGGCAGCGAGCCAGCCGGGCCGAGCCCAUAACUUUGCGGCCUCGAAGAGGACGAGUGCCGACGUCCAGAGCUCCUCUUGUCGGCGACCGGAGCUCGGAAUGUAAUCGAGGAUGCUGGCCCUUCGGCUGCUCAACGUGGUGGCCCCUGCCUACUUCCUGUGCAUCGCCCUGGUGACCUUUGUGCUGCAGCUCUUCCUCUUCCUGCCCAGCAUGCGCGAGGACCCUGCAGCCGCCCCGCUCUUCUCGCCCGCCCUGCUCCAUGGGGCAUUCUUUCUAUUCCUCUCUGCCAACGCCCUGGGCAAUUACGUCCUGGUCAUCCAGAACUCCCCAGACGAUCUGGGCGCCUGCCAGGGGACCUCAGCCAGGAGGGCGCCAUGCCCCCCGCCCAGCACCCACUUCUGCCGAGUGUGCGCCAGGGUCACUCUGAGGCACGACCACCACUGUUUCUUCACGGGCAACUGCAUCGGCAGCAGGAACAUGCGCAACUUCGUCCUGUUCUGCCUCUACACCUCCCUCGCCUGCCUCUACUCCAUGGUGGCCGGCGUGGCCUACAUCUCCGCAGUCCUUUCCAUCUCCUUCUCCCACCCCCUGGCCUUCCUCACGCUCCUGCCCACCUCCAUCAGCCAGUUCUUCUCCGGAGCUGUCCUUGGUUCUGAAAUGUUCGUCAUCCUCAUGCUCUACCUCUGGUUUGCCAUCGGCCUGGCCUGCGCUGGCUUCUGCUGCCACCAGCUGCUGUUGAUCCUCCGGGGACAGACCCGCCACCAGGUGCGAAAGGGGGUGGCUGUGCGGGCCCGGCCUUGGCGCAAGAACUUACAGGAGGUCUUCGGGAAGAGGUGGCUGCUGGGCCUGCUGGUCCCCAUGUUCAAUGUUGGAAGUGAGAGCGCCAAGCAGCGGGACAAGUAGCAGGCCCUCCCAUCAUCUCUCUUUCUCUCUGUGUCUUGAUUCCUCCUGAACAUAAGACCACACGACCUUGAAUCCACCCAUGACCCACUACAAGCUUGGGCUGGUAAGGUCCCAGCGUCCACCCCUGGUCUGUGACCCAUAGAGAACUUCAUUGGCUGGUGGAUCAUGACAAGGAGGAAAAAUGGCCACCCAGGCAUUGCUAGGUUUCCCACAAGCUAGACAGGUAGCUUCUAACUCUUAGGAUGCCUCUGCUUUUAUUUCUUAUCUUUGGGGGUCCUGGCUUUUCCCCUCUGCCUGGCUCAUCCACUCUCUAGUGAGUCUGAUGUCAUCACUGCUAUCUGCUAGAACCCUUCCUCUCAGCCGCCAUGCUGGGAG